ACAAAAUCACGGGAUUGUAUUUCCUCCGCGUAACCCAAUACUAAACGACGCAUUCUAGAAAAAAAAAACCGACUCAAAAAUUCCUAAUCGUCACAUCCUUUGUCUGGCUAAAGGAAAUACAGAUGAAUACAUCCUCCAAAUCUCCAUUUGUUGCGUAUUUGCCUCCUCCACAAGAAGAAGUAGAAGUCGAUUACAUUCCCCACCGAUACAGAACCCAUAAUUAAGCGAUCAACAACUUACUUCACGGCGAACUAAUGUCAAAUCGGAAAAAAAAAAAAAAAAAAAAACCAGUAUUCAAACCGAUGUCACGUCGUCCUUUCAUCCCGAGAGAUCAUCAACCAACCGAUCAAGAAAUCGAUAUAGUAUUAUCACCAAAUUUCAAGAAAAGGACUGGAUGUCAUCAACCAUCAAAUAUUGACACAGAAGAAAGAACUGUUGCUGGCUGUUCUAAUGUAGAUAAGAAACUAUACAGAAGAAUAGCUAUUAUAAACUGGAAAAAAAAGAAUGGGCAAGAUCAACGUGUUUAUAACAAACCAGAGGUUUCACAAGUUGCGGCACUCUGGGUUGAGGGAGAAGAGAACGGUGAACAUGGUCGUAGAAAUAUACAGUACGAACACACAGUGACGAACCAAAGAGUGUUGAGUAUUAUUAUGGUUGUUAUGAUCCUUUACAAUACCCUCUGAUGUUUCCAUUUGGAGAACUUGGCUGGCAUCAACACAUUCCAAAAAAAAAUCCCACUGAAAGAGGAAAUAGUAAAACAAUUAGAUGUUCUGCCGACAGGCUUAUCUCGCCAUCGAGUAUUGCAAAUGUUGAUGACUUAUUAAAUAAUGAAGAAAUAGGUAAGGAAAUACCC